GAGGCGAUGGGCGGGACGGAAGUGACGUAGACGGACUUCCGGCGUGCGUAGGCGGGGCUCCGGGUCUCUUUCCUGGGAUCUCUGCAGCCAGCAUGGAAGCAAAGACUCUUGGAAGUGCAACGCCCAGGAAACCUGUCUUAUCUGUCAGUGCAAGGAAAAUUAAGGACAAUGCGGCCGAUUGGCAUAAUUUAAUCCUGAAAUGGGAAACCCUCAAUGAUGGAGGUUUUGCAACUGCAAAUAAUAUUGCCAACCUGAAAAUCAGUUUAUUGAGCAAAGACACGAUAGGAUUAGAGAGCAGCAGCCUGGCUUCUGAUGAAAAUGCAGAAAAGGAGCACCCAGAAUACAGCAGGGAGCUCGAGAUGCUGUGCGAGGGGCUGCAGACCACCCUGGAUGCUUUGACCAAAAUACAGAUGAAAAUGGAAAAGCUGUCUUCCACUACCAAGGGGAUUUGUGAGCUAGAAGAUUACCAUUACGGGGAGGAGAGAAAACGGCCCCCCCUGUUCCACACGUGGCCCACAGCCUAUUUUUACGAGGUCUCCCGCAAGCUCUCCGACAUGUACGGCCGGGAGCUCCACCUGAAGCGCACCGUCGUGGAGCAGCUGGCGCACACGGCCGACCGUGACCUGGCCCUGAGCUACCUGUCCAUGUGGCUGCACCAGCCCUACGUGGAGGGCGACAGCAGGCUGCUUCUGGAAAGCAUGCUGCUUGAAACCGGGCACCGAGCGCUGUGACCUCCCAGCGUGGCUCUGCGCUCCUCCGGGCUCUGGACCUCAGCUUCUGCAGCUCCCACGGCGGACGGUCUUUCGGGUGGGCCCUGUGCCACACCCCGAUCACGCCCCUGCCACACCCCGGGAUCACGGCCCCUGCCUCACCCCGGGGUCACGGCCCCUGCCUUACGCCAGGGUCACAGCCCCUGCCGCACCCCGGGAUCACGCCCCUGCCGCACCCCAGGAUCAUGGCCCCUGCCUCACCCCAAUCACGGCCCCUGCCUUACGCCGGGGUCACGGCCCCUGUCGCAACCUGGGAUCUCACCUGUGCUCUGGCUCAGCCACCCACUGACCUUAGGAUCUUCCAGACCUGAUCAUUUCACCAGCUCUCUGCGGUUAUCGCUGCUGCCUGCCGUCCACCACUCAGCGUCAUCUGCACCUACUGUGAAUGUGUCACUAUGAAGACUUCUGCCCGAAAUAAAUGAGUUCCUCAACAGAA